AUGUCAAAGAAAAGAAGAUUAGAAGACUUUGAAACUGUGAAGUUAACAGAAGAAUGCAGCGCCAUCCUACAGAAGAAGUUGCCUCAAAAGGUGAAAGAUCCGGGUAGCUUUACUAUACCAUGCACUAUUGGAGGGUCGUCCUUUGAUAAGGCUUUGUGUGAUCUUGGAGCGAGUAUAAAUCUGAUGCCACUUUCAGUUUUCAAGAAAUUGGGGGUAGGAGAGGUGAAGCCCACAACCAUCACUCUUCAAUUAGCAGAUCGGUCACUUACUUAUCCUAGGGGAGUGAUUGAAGACGUAUUGGUUAAGAUGGACAAGUUUAUUUUUCCCGCUGAUUUCGUGGUUUUGGAUAUGGAGGAGGACCAUGAAAUCCCCAUUAUUCUUGGUCGUCCAUUCUUGGCUACUGGAAGAGCUCUUAUUGAUGUACAAGGUGGUCAUUUGACACUGAGGGUUAACAAUGAAGAGGUUAAAUUCAACAUUUAUCAAGCACUACAGCAGCAUGACAACACGAGCACAUGUCACCGAGUGGAUUCUAUUGAGGUAGUAGUAGAAGAGACGAUGAGAAAAGAAUUAUGUGCUGAUCCUUUACUACAUUACCUUAAUUCUAGUAUUACUCAGGCUGAUUUGAAAAAGGUGAAUGGUGAGUUUGUGGGUGACGAAGUGGCUGAAUGUGUGAUGGCUCUCAGUGCUAUUCCUUGUGCUAGUAGUAUUAAAGUGGAAGAAACUCUUUGUCAAGCCAAGGAAGGAGAAGUCGAGAAGGAAGUGGUGGAAAAGAAAGAUUUGAAACAACUCCCAGAGCAUUUGCGUUAUGAGUAUCUAGGAGAGAAUUUCACUUGCCCAGUGAUCAUUUCAUCAAAACUAUCAGAAUGUGAAACUGAAAAAUUGCUAAGAGUUUUGAGGAAAUAUAAAUCUUCCAUAGGAUGGGAAAUUUCAGAUAUGAAGGGAAUAAGCCCAACUGUUUGUAUGCACAAGAUUCUUUUUGAAGAAAAUUAUAAGCCUUCGAUUGAGCAUCAAAGGCGAUUGAACCCAGCCAUGAAAGAAGUAGUAAGGGCAGAAGUAUUGAAGCUAUUGAAUGCUGGGAUCAUUUAUGCUAUUUCGGAUAGUAGUUAG